AUGUUUCGGUUCAUUAGGACUCUUUCGAGUGUCAGAUCUGGUUCGCGGUACUCCCCUGAAUUUAAGGUGUAUUUGCAGCUUGAUGACGGGAAAAUUGGCUCGUUUUUCCACGAUGUUCCGCUAAAUCUCAACAAAUCCGCACGCACAGCGUCGAUGGUGGUGGAGAUUCCCCGCUGGCAGAACGCAAAAUUCGAGAUCUCCAAGGAACUUGCCGCCAACCCUAUUGUUCAGGACACCAAGAAGGGCAAUUUGAGGUUCUUGAACAACAUUUACCCAAACCAUGGUGUUCCCCAUAACUACGGAGCAUUUUCCCAGACCUGGGAGUCGCCGUUGCACCCAUCGCCCCUGGUGAAAGAGAGGAUCUCUGGCGAUAACGAUCCGCUCGACGUGAUCGAUAUCGGCCGGUUCGUCUCGGCCACAGGAACAAUCAAAACAGUCAAGAUACUCGGGUCUCUGGCUCUUGUUGACGACGGAGAAUUGGACUGGAAGGUUGUGGUCAUUGACACGAAUGAUCCAAUGUCCAAGGAGGUGUCCAACACCGCCGACGUGUACGAGAAAAUGCCCGGAUUGCUCGAAAACUUAAAGAGAUGGUUCGAGAUCUACAAAAUCCCAACAGGAAAACAACCAAACAAGUUCCUGUUUGACGGAGCGUACCAGGACGUUGAUCUCACCCUCAAGGUGGUGCAGGAAUGCCACGAAAGCUGGAACCAGCUGGUUUCUGGCGACCUGGCCGGAGAAGAGCUGCCAUCGAUUGAAAACGCGUCUCUGACUCAGACCAAGGGCCACACCAAGUUCGACGUCGAGCUCCUACCUGCCUCCGACGCUAACGAAUUGCCACAGGACGCAAACGCCAUCAGCUACAUCAAACACUAG